GAACAUCUAGAAUUUGAAAAAACGAUAGGAAUUCCUUGUGGAGCUGAUCGUGGAGAAAAUAAACUUUUGUUCACAACAAGAGACUUAGAUGUGUUGAAAAUGAUGGGUUCCACAAAUAAUUUCAAGAUAGACAUUUUAAAUGAAGAAGAAGCUUGGACCUUAUUCACCAAAAUGGCAGAUCAACCAUGAUUUGGAGAUAUUUCAAUUAGACAAUGACGGGAGAGAGAUUGGUUGGUGGAGUCAAUCUAAAUGUCUUGAAAUCUCCUAUGAUAAGUCAAUGCCUAUUCCACUUUGGCUCCUUCAAAGAUUUCAAAAUCUUACAUGCCUUCUUGUUGCCCGUUGCUAUGAAUUGGUUAACUUAACAAUACCUUCAGCAGGUAGAAUCUUGGUGCAGUUGAAAGAAUUGAAGAUAUCAAGUUGUGAAAUGUUGAUGGAAAUAUUAGAAAUUGAGGAAGAUGCAACAACUGAAAUUGUUUUUGAGAAUUUGAAUAAGCUGUCACUUUAUUGUAUGGAAAGUCUCACAUGCUUCUGCUCAAGGAAUUGCACUUUAAAUUUCCCAUCACUGGAAGAGCUGAAUAUAAUAGACUGUCCUAAUAUGAUGACCUUUUGUAAAGGAAUCUUGAGCACUCCAAAGUUACAAAAAAUAAAUUAUGAGGGAAUGGAAGAAGAGAAUGAGGGGAAUAAUCUUAAUAAAACCAUACAAGGAUUAUAUGAAAGGAAAAACCAGGCCAUCUCCCUUGAUUUGAAGUUGCUGACAUUGAAAGAUGUUAAUUCUACGGAGAUUUGCUACAACCAACGUCCAACUUUCUCAUAUCAAAAUUUGACACGCUUGUCCUUGUGGAAUUGUGAAAACAUAAAAUAUGCAUUUCCAUCUUCCAUUGCUAGAAGCCUUCAACAACUCCAACAACUAAAGAUUCAAAAUUGCAAGGUUUUAGAGGGGCUUGUUGCAGAAGAAGACGGAGCAAAUACAGUUGUCGAUUUUGUCUUUCCAAAUAUAACCUUAUUGGAGUUUAAAGAUCUACCAGAACUUACAACCUUCUACCCUGGAAUAUAUACUUUAGAAUUGCCAAAGUUGAAAGAGUUGGUGAUGAAAUAUUGUCCCAAAUAUAUGAGCUUAAAAGAAAACAAUGUGGAGACUGAGCUUAAUAUUUUAGAUCCAAAAUCUAUCUUCUUGAAUGAUAAGAUUAACUUCAAUUUGGAGGUAUUUGAAUUAUAUGAUGGUAAGACAAAUAUUUGUUGGCAAGGUCAAUCUGAAACUCUUACAAUCGAGAAGGAUAACUCUGCAAAUAUUCCACUUCGACUCCUUCAAAGAUUUGAAAAUGUGAGAGAGCUCCAAUUAUAUUGGAGUCAAUAUAAGGACAUUAAGAGCCUAUGUGAUCUUCCAAAUCUUGAAAUUCUAGAAGUACGUUUUUGUUACAGAUUGAUAAGUCUAGUGCCAUUCUCAGGUUCUUUCAAGAAUCUUAAAGUUCUGAAGGUAUAUUCAUGCGAUAGAUUGAUAAUGAAGUUAAUUACGCUUUCAGUGGCUAAAAGUUUGGUGCACUUGAGAGAACUUAGCAUAUCAUAUUGUGAUAAGCUGACUGAAGUAGUAGAAAAUAAGGGAGAUGCAACAAGCACUAAAAUUGUGUUUAACAGUUUGAACAAGUUGUCACUUGAAUGUCUAAAUAGUCUCAUAUGUUUUUGCUCUAGGAAUUACUCCUUUUGUUUUCCAUCUUUGAAAGAGUUAAUUAUACAAGAAUGCCCCAAUUUGAAGACUUUUUGUCAAGGAAGCUUAUCUACACCAAAGUUAGAGAGAGUCUCUUACAAGCAUGUUGACCAUGAAGAUGAAUAUGAGACAAAGGUAGAGAUUAUGGAGAAUAACUUGAAUACAACUAUACAACAAGAACACAAAAAAGAGGUUGGCUUAUUUUGGCAUAGAUUGACUUUAAGCGGAAGGGAUAUCAUGACAACUUUGCAAGGAGAGUUUCAAGGGAACUUUGACAAAGUAGUAAUUCUUCAAUUGAUUAAGGAUGAUCAUGUUUAUAUCCCCAUUCGUAUCCUCCAGAAAUUUGUCCAUCUUGAAAAACUCAUAUUGACAGUGAAUUUAUACGAAGAGAUGUUCUCAUGUGGAGAAGGUGAGAAAUAUGUUGGAGCACUCACAAAGUUAAAAGAUCUACACUUGCAGGGACUUUUUAAUUUAAAGUGCAUCUGGAAACAAGACUUUCGGUUCAAAUCAAUUCUUCAAAAUCCUCAUUCUUUAGAUGUUGAAUAUUGUCACAAUUUGAUAACUCUAUUGCCGUCUUUAUCAUCUUUUAAAAAUCUAACGACUUUGUACGUAAACUAUUGUGAUGGAAUGCAAAACUUAAUGACAUCCUCAACAGCCAAAAGUUUGGCAUGUCUAAAAAGGUUAUCAAUACGAGGAUGUGAAAUGAUGAUAGAAGUAUUGGCAAAUGAGGGAGAUGUAGAGAAAGAUGAAAUUGUUUUUGAGAGACUGAAGGAGUUGUGGUUGUCUAAUUUAGAAAGUCUCAUGUGCUUUUAUUAUGGGAAUUACACAUUAAAAUUUCCAUUCUUAGAAUCAUUAGUUGUGAAUGAAUGCUCUAAGAUGAAGACUUUCUCAAGGGAAGGCGUAAACAUGCCAAAGUUACAGCAAGUAAACAAGAAAGAUUGUUCAAAUGACCGUAAUUAUGUCACAACACAAUUACAAAAUGAUUGUUCAAAGUUAUGGGAAAGAUAUCCUUCAAAGCUUUGGUAACAAACUACAAAAUUAUAUGAGUUAGUUUCUCCAGUGGCGUAUGGCGAUGACUCCUAGAAGUUUGCUCUAGCAUUUGGCUUCGUGGUUUCAGUUCACACUCAAUUACAAACGAGCCAUAGAGACCCCCUGCGUUCUCUCCCUUCCGCUCUCUGUAACCCAAUCAAAAUCGUCGAUGGUCGUCUGCUUAAUUGCCAGAAAUCCAGAUCAUUUUUAUCGUCAAAAAUUAUUUGAACGUGUAUGUUAAUGUUUGUUAAUAUUUUUAAUUUUGCAGAUGAGCUUGCCAAGUUUUACUGAAUUUGUUCAGCAUGGUAAGCGAAAUUGGUGCCAAAUGACUUCAAUACACUAUGAGCAAAUCAGAAGUUGAAAUUGAUGUCAUUUUUUUGUUGGAUUCUAGUUGAUAGGUGGGUAUAAUGUGAUUCAGGAACUUUUGUUUAGGAUCUAUAUAAUGAAGAUUUAGUUUUAAAA